ACGGGCGAACCGCCCCCCUCGACCUUUGAAACGUCCAAAUAAUCGCUGGCGGAGCGAAGCGCGUGGAAAAGACGGUGAAACUAUACGCGGCGAGUGAAAAACACAACGUGAUGUGGAACGAAGCGUGGAAAUAAGUGUUUUACUGCGGGAAGUAACUUAGUGCGCUCUUCAGCGUCUCCGCUGCCAAGCAUUUAGUUACUGACGUAAUAGCGGGCCCCUUCUGAGUCAUUAGUGCUACGAGUGUGAGAGUCUGUGCUAAAUCGCAGUGAGUGGAAGUGCAAAGGCUGUGGGAGACGCGAUGAUCUCCCCCUUCUCGUGGCUGUUCGGGACCCCCCGCUGGAUGGUCCUGGAGGCAAACCCGCUGGACAGCCUGCUGCAAGGGCUGGUGGGCGCGUGCGGCAUCUCCGUGCUCUGCAGUCUGCUGAGGGUCCACGUGCUCCUCGAGGCAGCAAGUGAGCAUGAUGGGAACAAUAAGGAAAGUGAAAGGCCAUGGAGUGGUGCCAAGGCCAGGCUGAGUGGAACUCUCCAGUUCUGGUUUGUCACUGGCAUUCUGCUUUUGGUGGGUUCUCGGGUUGCUUCCCUGGUUGUUCUGGAGUUCAUCAUCAGAGCUGCCAUGGCCCAAGUGACAGCAGGACCGGAUCUGCAGCACAGCAGCACUCUGCAAUUCCUCACCCAGUGCCAGUUCUCCCUGGGCUGUGCCCUGACCUGCAGCCUUCAGUUCCUCCAGGAGGGCGCACCACAGCGAUCCUUCAGUCUCCUGCUUGCAAUGGGGCUCAGCUGGUUCUUAGCCAACUUGAGUGCACGCAUGUGGCGCCACGUACUGACCCUGUACUUGCUCCAUAGUUCCCAGCGCUACUGUGGUCUGUGCAUUGGUCUCCUUACCUCAAGGCAUUCCCUUCUGCCCCUUCUGACACGCGUGGUUGUGAUGAGCUUUGGCGUGGGGGCCUUUGCUGGGCUCUCAAUUGUUAACCGCUACUUCCUGUCUGCCACGGAAGCGCUGAAGUUCUGGACGCCAUUAACCAUCUGCUACACACUGCUAGUGGUCUACAUGCAGGAUGAGCAGCGGCGGCGGCCUGGCACAGAUGCCCUCCUUCAGGCCGUGGGGGUCCGACUGGGAGCACUGCUGGUACUGAUGUUGACCGUUGGCCGCUGGGUGGAUGUGCUCCACAUUCUGCUGUGCUUUCUGGGUGAGGCUGCCUGCCUACUUCCCAGUCGAGACCUGCUGGAUGCUGCUGUACAGGACCUGGAUACUGAAUGGCAACCUUCGAGGAGACAGAUUGAUACCAAGAACUCUGAGGUCACCCAUACACCCACCAGAGAUGAAGACCUUUAAUUGCCCACAAUAGGGAGGAUGCAUCAGACUUAUUCAUUUGUGGAGUUGAGCAUCUGAUUAUCUACAGUGAAGGAUCAGCCUGUCAUUUAGGGCAAUGCAUUACAGCAGAGAAAGAUCUAAGAAAUGAUGUGAAACUAGAGCACGAGGAUAUGAUGGAGUGUUAAUAAGAAUGCUCAGAGAAAAUUGGGGGAGGGAAAUGUUAAUGAAUGGAAGUCAAGAAAAUCAUGUAACGGGGUGGAUACAAAGCACACCUUUCGCAGUAGAAUAUGUUUAGAUUAAUAUGACACACAAACCUUUUGAGUAAUAUGACUAGAACUUCACUCUGUCUUAAGUUUAUUGCUAAGUUUUUCCUUUUAAACUGCUUUUAUCAUCAUCAUUUUCUGGCUGUUGGUGGCUAAUGCAGUUACAGAUUGUUAAAUAUGGCCACUGAAUGAGGAAAACAUCUGUAAUGUUACCUUAGACAAAUGGAUGAAAUGUGUGAAAUUGCAGGUCUAAGAUGCUACCUCUGUGAAGAUUUGAAAUCACUGCUUUUGUCAAUUUUUCCUCAAUUACACCCACUUGGAAUUAUAAUUUUUGCAUGCAAAAUGGGUAUUUUUGUGUGAAAACUACUUGGAGUCUUUAAAAAAACAUCUAGAAUGUUUACAUGUUUUGUUAAACUAUAUAUUUA